GUCCGGUUUUCUUCUUCUCCGAGUCGACGCUCUUUCUCUGAUCCAUUCGAAACCCUAACUUAUCAGCCGCGAUCCCGCUCUAAUCGGCUCUGAAAUCUUCCAAAUUUGCGAUUAGAGGUAGAAAAUUCGGGUUCGGAAAUAUUCAUCGGUGAUCGCCGGCGAGGUGGUUGAUAUUUGUCGGUGAGUUCUUCGUCGGAAUCAGAGGGGUUUGGGGGAUUUUUCGCGGUGUUUUUUUCGAGGCAUUGGACGGUGAUUGUCGACGUUUGUGAGAUUCUGAAACUGCUCGGGAGUUUUCUUGGAAGAGGAGCAUGAGAAUCGAAGGAUGAACGAUGCCGGUACUGCGUAGCGGAGUGCGCAGGGGCAGGGCAGCAGCAAAGAAGCAGCAGCAGCAAGAGCCGAGUCCGAUCGAGGCGGGGGAGGCGAUCGCGACGAGGACAAGGCGGCGGCGGGCGGCGGCGGCGGCAGCGGCGGUGCCGAAGAACAAUACCAACAGGCAAAAAGCGCAACGGGAGCCGCCGCAGCAGAAAUUGGUGGCGGAUGAGAAGGUAGCUGUUGCACCGGCUGCGGUUAAGGAGAAGGAGAAGGAGAAGGAGAAGGAGGAGCAAUACAAGGGAUUGAAAAAGAAGGCAUUUGAGGUUCAGGCUGGUGCGGCGGAGAAGGAAGAAGUCGGGGAGAAGCCCAUGGAUGACGACAGUGGGGCCCGGAGUAAUGACAAGGGUCACGCCGCUGAGGACGAGGGAAGCACCGCUCCGCUUCCUGAGAAGGUUCAGGUUGGAGGUUCCCCAUGGUACAAAUUAGAAAAGAAACUAGGCAAGGGGGGAUUUGGACAAGUGUAUGUUGGUCGGCGUCUUUCUUCUGUAAAUACAAUUGAGAGAAGUACUGGUCCCGGAGCUUUGGAGGUGGCUUUAAAAUUUGAGCAUAGAAGUAGUAAAGGGUGCAACUAUGGACCACCUUAUGAGUGGCAAGUUUACAACACGCUUGGUGGCAGUCAUGGCGUUCCGCGAGUGCACUAUAAAGGUCGGCAAGGUGACUACUAUAUCAUGGUUAUGGAUAUGCUGGGCCCAAGCUUGUGGGAUGUGUGGAACAAUAACUCUCACACAAUGUCCAUUGAAAUGGUUGCUUGCAUUGCCAUUGAAGCAAUAUCAAUACUGGAAAAGAUGCAUUCUCGAGGGUAUGUACACGGGGAUGUCAAGCCAGAGAAUUUUCUUCUUGGACCUCCAGGGACUUCUGAUGAGAAAAAAUUGUUCUUAGUUGAUCUUGGUUUAGCAACCAGAUGGAGGGAUACUUCAACUGGUAAGCACGUUGAAUACGACCAAAGGCCAGAUGUAUUCAGAGGAACAGUACGUUAUGCUAGUGUACAUGCUCAUCUAGGGAGAACUUGUAGCAGGAGAGAUGAUUUAGAAUCUCUUGCAUACACACUUGUAUUCCUUCUCCGUGGUAGACUGCCUUGGCAAGGAUACCAGGGAGAAAAUAAAGGGUUCCUUGUCUGCAAGAAGAAGAUGGCGACAUCACCAGAGGCCUUGUGUUGCUUCUGCCCACAGCCUUUCAGACAGUUUGUUGAAUAUGUGGUGAACUUGAAGUUUGAUGAAGAACCCAAUUAUGCAAAAUAUAUAUCGCUCUUUGAUGGCGUUGUAGGCCCAAAUCCUGAUAUUCGCCCAAUUAACACUGAAGGUGCACAGAAGCUUAUUAACCUAGUUGGCCAGAAGAGAUCACGGCUCAUAAUUGAUGAGGAAGAAGAAGACGAGCAGCCGAAGAAAAAGGUUAGAAUGGGAAUGCCAGCAACACAGUGGAUUAGUGUCUAUAAUGCUCGUCGGCCGAUGAAGCAGAGGUACCAUUAUAAUGUAGCAGAUGCAAGGCUUUCUCAGCAUAUUGAGAAAGGGAACGAUGAUGGAUUGUUUAUCAGUAGUGUUGCCUCUUCUCAAAAUCUAUGGGCUCUAAUUAUGGAUGCGGGCACUGGGUUCUCUGCUCAAGUUUAUGAACUUGCACCGUGUUUUCUUCACAAGGAAUGGAUUAUGGAGCAGUGGGAAAAGAACUAUUACAUCACUGCAAUAGCUGGAGCUACUAACGGAAGCUCGCUUGUAGUGAUGUCCAAAGGUACACAGUACGUGCAGCAGUCCUACAAGGUCAGCGACACAUUUCCGUUCAAGUGGAUUAACAAAAAAUGGAGGGAGGGCUUCUAUGUUACAGCAAUGGCUACCUCUGGAAGUAGAUGGGGAGUUGUUAUGUCACGUGGUGCAGGCUUCACUGACCAGGUGGUUGAGUUAGAUUUCCUUUACCCCAGCGAAGGUAUUCAUUGCCGCUGGGACACUGGAUAUCGUAUCACUGCAACUGCAGCGACAUGGGAUCAAGCUGCUUUUGUUCUCAGCAUGCCGAAAAGGAAGCCUCAGGAUGAGACGCAGGAGACGCUUCGCACCUCUGCUUUUCCUAGCACCCAUGUCAAGGAGAAGUGGGCAAAGAACCUUUACAUUGCCUCUGUUUGUUAUGGGCGGACAGUUUCUUAAGCCUGCCAAUAUAUUUAUUUAGCUGUGGAAGUCGGAUCUUACGUAGCCCUAGGUCUUCAGUAGGGGAUCUUAACUUCCUCCAAAGAGCAAUUUUGUUGACUCAAAGCUUUUAAUUAAUUGUAAUUAAGUUAUAGGAACUUUUAGGAAAAAACUGUCGGUUACUUGUGUCAAAUUGUGUGCAAAGUCUUUGAUGUCAAUGAUUAAUCAAAGUUCAUCUUCUCGAGGAACGGCGUGAAUAAGAUAUUCCUGCCUCUACAAUGACUUGCAAGUCUCAAGUAAUAAUAUUUCAGCCAAAGGAAAAAAAAAGUCAUCGACCAGGAGAUAGCAGUUCUGUAGCACAAUUUAAGAAAACCUAGUUGUUAUUCCUACCAUUGAUAAGACAACACGUGUCAACAAAGAAAUAAAGUGUCUUGCUCGACAAUAUUAUGAAUUUGACCCUUUAAUUUGACUAACGAUUGUAUCAAUGUUCA